UUUUCCCUAUAACACUUCUCUCACUCCCUUGCAUUGAUUAUAACUUUCUCCUCACCACAACUAUAUAACUGCGGGCUGUUAUCAAAAAACAUUAAGCGUCACUCUUUUUUGUUUUUCAAGCUGCACCCCUAUUACCAUGUGGAAGAUAUCCUCGCUCAAAACCUGUUUCGACGAGAUAGAAGAGACAAAGGGCGAUGACGAGUGCAGGGCCUGGUUAAGUAGGAUUUUGGACGCCAAAGUUGAACUAGCAACGUUUGUUGCUACGCGCCGGGGAGGAGGUAGAGCUACAGAGUACGCUGGUUUUCUCAAGGGUUCCUUCAACUUCAGCUUCCGUUUCAAGUUCAGGGAUGGAGGGCCGGACGCCAUUAUCCGAUUCCCGAAGCCAGGGCACACCGCGACGGCUCUAAGGGACGAGAAGGUCGCGAACGAGGUUGAGGUGAUGGAAUAUCUCAGGCAAAAUACCACGAUCCCGGUCCCUCGUGUUCACAGUUGGGGCUUCACUUCUGAGAGUCCGCAGCAGCUCGGCCCGUUUAUCAUUAUGGAUUACAUCCAGGGGACGCCGUUGUCGACGGUGCUAAGGCAGCCGCCGAAGGACGACCAGGUAGACGUAGUAUUAGACCCGGGCAUCGAUAACUCAACGUUGGAUAAGAUCUACGGUCAAAUCGCCGAUUACCUCUUUCAGCUUUCCCAACUUACCUUUACCCGCAUUGGAGCCAUCUCGAGAGACGGUGACACGUGGUCCGUCACCAAAAGACCACUUACUUACAAUAUGAAUGAGUUAGUAACUGUCGCGGGCUACCCAGACAACCUCUUCCCAACCUCGGCCUUCGAUCGUGCUAGCGACUACCUCAGGUCCGUCGCGGAUGAGCAUCUAGCCCACCUUCGGACGCAGCGCAACCUUGCAGACGACCGGCAAAUCGCGCAGGCGCGGUUUAUUGCCCGGCACCGCUUUGCCCAGCUCAUCCCAAAGUACUGCACCGACGACGCCGGGCCGUUCAUACCGUUCUGCGACGACCUACGGCCUUCCAACAUGCUUGUCGACCCGGAGACGCUUCAGAUCACAGCAGUGCUCGAUUUUGAAUUUACAAACGCCAUGCCGGCACAGUUCACGUACGACCCGCCCUGGUGGCUACUGCUGUCCGGCCCAGAACUGUGGCUUGAUCGCGGUUCGAUGAGCGAGUUCCGAGACCUUUAUCAGCCCAGAAUGGAGCAGUUCCUGCGGGCGUUAGAACUACGGGAAGGCAUGUCGGCCCCGGAGGGGCAGAAACUCGCUGAACCACGCCUCUCUACCCGGAUGCGUGACUCGUGGAGGUCUGGCCGCUUCUGGUUCGAUUAUGCAGCCAGAAAAAGUUUCGAGCUCGAUGCGGUCUACUGGGCGGCACUGCACGACGGUGGCAUAGGUAUCGAGUUGCUGGACGACGAGGCGCGCGCAGAGAUGGGGCUGUUCGUAGAAAAAAAGAUGGGACAGCUGAGGACGUACAAGGACGAGUGUACUGCUCGUUUCUCCUGAGCAGGCGGAUAAAUGAGGCGAACUGCUAGGACAGAGACUAACUAUACAGCAAACCUGGUACCAACCUGUUGCGGCGCUGUUUUGGAAGAAAGCUAAGAAAGCAGUCAGCAAUAGCAGAAUGCUCGCGUUGUCAGUGGCCUUGGCUAGAAGCUCAGUUCUAUCUAUAGUAAUAGCCGCUGGGUUCGCACGAGCUUCUCUGUCGUUCCACACGGAUAUAGAUCAGCAUAAAGCUCUGCAUAUAUCUCUGCAUAAAGUGGAGGUUUUACUUAAUCC